AUGCAUCUUCUGUCGAUGUUCUCGGUGGCGGCCGUGGCAGCAGGGAUGUGUGUCGGAUCCGUGACAGCCGAAGUAACCGCCGCGGCUGGCAUCGAAACGCCCGCUACCACCGGAAACUUGAUGCGGUUUUCCGACGCAGGCUUUUGGUAUAUCGUGGCCAUGACGUUCUUCGUGCUGGUUAUCGUCGAUGCCACAAACAAGUUCUUCUCCCCGCGUGCAUGUCUGAACACGGACGGGAUGAGUUCCAAGACUGGGAUAGCCGUGGCGUUACCCUAUCGAGGGACCCGGCGGUGCAUUUACCUGGACUACAACGCCACUUCGCCGAUAUUUCCGGAGGUCUCACGCGAGAUGUUUCCCUUCCUCGGCGAGUGCUUCGGAAACCCCUCGAGCGGCCACGCCCUGGGGAGGGCCUGCAAGAAGGCCGUCGUGCUGGCUCGCGCGCGCGUGGCGUCGCUGCUCGGCUGCUCGCCGGAAGAGGUCGUGUUCGUCGCGAGCGGGUCGGAGGCCGACAACCACGCGAUUCUCGCUUCGUUGGCGCUAAGCUCCAAAGCAGCGACAGCUCCUCCUUCUGCUGCUUCGAGCUCGCUGCCGCACGUGGUGUCCUCGGCAAUCGAGCACCCCGCCGUCACCAAGUGCCUCAACCACCUCGUGGCGGAAGGAAAGGUGGAAGUGACGUUCGUUGGGGUAGACGAGGAGGGCAGGGUUUCCGUUGAGGGUGUCGUGGGAGCUUUUCGGCCGGAGACGGCGCUUGUGACCAUCAUGCACAGCAACAACGAGGUGGGGUCUCUGCAGCCCAUCACGGAGAUCGCGGAGGCUUGUCGGCAACGAGGGAUCAUGUGCCACACCGAUGCCGCCCAAAGCAUCGGAAAAGUGCCCGUGAAGGUGGCGGACCUAGGCGUGGACAUGCUCACCCUCGUUGGCCACAAGUUCGGAGCACCCAAGGGAGUGGCCGCUCUCUUCGUGCGGCGAGGGCUGGCGCUCCCGCCGAUGAUACACGGCGGGGGUCAAGAGGCAGGAAGGAGAGCGGGGACCGAGAACGUGCUCCUGAUUUCUGGGAUGGGCAAGGCGGCAGAGAUUGUUGACGUCGAGCUCGAGCGGCUCUCGAAGCACCUUGCCGCGAUGCGCGAACGCCUUCUGGAGCUGCUCAUGGCGGCGGAUUUGGGGGACGGCGUAAAGGUACACGGUCCCCGCAGCCCCUCCUUGCGUCUGCCCAACACACUCAGCAUCGGUCUUCCGGGGGUGGAGGCACGGGUGCUGCUCGAGAGGGUGAGGGGGGCUUGAGAACAGCAUCGAUCGCGUCAGAUGGAACAAACUCAACGGGUAUCUAGCCUAUUCAACUUUCGACCGAUGGACGACAACAGUACAUUUUGUCAAGGUUUUUGACGAUUUUUCGAUUCCCGUUCACGGACUCGUAGGCGUUGCUGGAGAGCACGAUGAUGAUUUUUGCCCAGAGGUCACACCUCAGGGUACACAGAUACUUAGGAGAGGCUGGACGUUCGUGUCAAAGGCCCGGCUCCGUAAGACUCUUGCUGUUCAAAGCAAAUUGGUACUCCGCCUCUACAGUAUUGUGUUUCUGCCUGCUGCUAACACAAUUUUUGGCCGGCAUUACCCCAGAAAUAAUUAGAUCGCGGAGUUGAUGGACCCUGCGGAGGGCGAAGGUGUUUGUUGUGCGGCAUUCGCUCCGGGUGCCGGGUAGGGAGCGAUACAUCCAGUCUUCACGUAUCAGCUCAAGCCGUCGCGAAUUUUCGAAGCAAUCAUCGCAGCAUCGACGAGCAUUGGGAAAACAGCCAAAUGAUGCUCCGGGCUUGUAAGGGCAGAGUGCGACAACGAAGUGCCUUCCAAGGUGACAUCAGCUUUCCUACAGUGAAAAAUAAAUACGCGUGCAUACACUGUUGAAUCAGUCGUCACCACGCCUGUGACUCCCAUCCGACCAUGAACGACCCCCCCCUUUCCCUCCUUGACUGAUUCGCGCACGUCCGUGGUGUGUCACGUUUUGUACUCUGUAAUGCAUAGUUGUCAGAAACGGUGGCGGCGUCCGCGGGUUCGGCAUGCCACGCCGGCGAGGCGACCAUGUCUGGGGUAUUGCAAGCGAUGGGCGUGGAUGAGCCGACGGGAUUUGGCACCCUUAGGCUAUCCGUUGGGAGGUAUGCCACGGCAUUGCUGAGCAGUAUUGGGUGGUUUAAGAACUUUCGUAGGUUCUCCGUUGCAAUCUGGAGAUGAAGCGAUGCAUUGUUAGCACGCGCGCGAAUUCCUGGUUUGGAGCUGGAAGAACGACAGAUCAUCCUGCAUGCCUACAGCACACUCAUUUUUGGAGACACGUCUUGCUUUCUGUUAUUAAAUGACCGCCUGAUAACAUCGGUUUCGUCCCAUUGUUCUCUCCGCCCCACCACCCCGCUGAAAUACGCGACGAAAGCCUUCGGGGCUCAUUCAGUAGCAGGUGGGGUUCAUUACUGCUGGAAUGUCGCUAUAGAAGCCAGAGGGGCAAAA